UUGCAGACGCCGCCACCCCGGAACCUCCCGCGCUGCCCAACCAUGGUCAACCCUACUGUGUUCUUUGACAUCGCCGUCGACGGCGAGCCCUUGGGCCGCGUCUCCUUCGAGCUGUUUGCAGACAAAGUUCCAAAGACAGCAGAAAACUUUCGUGCUCUGAGCACUGGGGAGAAAGGCUUUGGUUAUAAAGGUUCCUGCUUUCACAGAAUAAUUCCGGGAUUUAUGUGCCAGGGUGGUGAUUUCACACGCCAUAAUGGCACUGGUGGCAAGUCCGUCUAUGGGGAGAAAUUUGAUGAUGAGAAUUUCCUCCUGAAGCACACGGGUCCUGGCAUCUUGUCCAUGGCAAAUGCUGGCCCCAACACAAACGGUUCCCAGUUUUUCAUCUGCACUGCCAAGACUGAGUGGUUGGAUGGCAAGCAUGUGGUCUUUGGCAAGGUGAAAGAGGGCAUGAAUAUUGUGGAAGCCAUGGAGCGCUUUGGGUCCAGGAAUGGCAAGACCAGCAAGAAGAUCACCAUUGCUGACUGUGGACAAAUCUAAUAGUAAAUUUGACUUGUGUUUUAUCUUAACCACCAGACCAUUCCU